AUGAAUCAGGUAUGCAGCACCACAUAUUCUCCUGUCGAAUCUCUGCUCAUUCCGCUGCUCCUCACCCAGCCUCAUUCUGCGAUGGAAAUGGAUCUUUGCGACUUGUUACUCGCAAUGAAGUUGGAGCAAUCACGUAAAUCAGAAAACGUCAUUCGGGAAGAAUGCCUCAUUCCUGCCGCUCAUGACGAAGACUCAACCAUGCUCGAGGCACAUCCUAGUCCUUGUUCCAACUCAUCCAGGUCAAACUCGCCCUUAGAAGAACAGCCUACUCACGGCUGCGCAUUCCUUCAAGCCAUCCAAAACCAAGUUAACGAUUUCCCAACAACGGGCGGCGAAUACAUCGAAACCAUCUUUACCCAUCGACAAAUUUUGAUCACAGCCACCCAAAUUAGGUUGCCUCUUGCUGCUCCUACUUUCAUCGUGCACUUGGGGGUUCUUGCUCCCUCAUGGAACACCACAAUACCCCGCCCUCAAGACGAGAAGUGCGCUAUGCCAGUCCUCGGCCGAACACCGAAUAUGACUGAGGAUGGGAGUGGUACCAGCGAACUAAAGCGGCUGCCCAAACCUCUGGUAUCACCGCCUCGACCUCCCCGUUCGUUGACCGCAAUGCAGACGAUCCACCGAAGCUCACUCUCAGCAGCCGCCCAACUUGCCCAGGAUCAGGCCGACGACAAAGCGCGGAAGAAAGCAGCGAAGGAUAUCACUCAGUCAUGGAUGGAUCGCCUACAACUCAUCAGUGUUAUCGUACGUCCCGAACCUGUUCUCGCCCACUUCCUCUUCCGAGCAGAGAAUGCACAGACAACGUUCUUCGCAUCCACCGAGGCGGGAAUGCUGCAAGUGAUCACCGAUGGCACGACUGUGGCGGGGCAAGUGGCGAAUUCCGCGUUCCUGGCAGCGCUGGUGCUCCAUAGCUGGGCAGCGAUCAUAUCCUUCCUGGGCGCUUUCUUCUUGGUGCGUUUCAACCUGAAGGAAGCAAAAGAGGAAGAACUGGAGGUUGGAUUUGCGCCCGGACCUGAUGGCUACGACCAUCCAAUCUCCAGCCAGCAGUCCUCGGUCGAUCAUCUCAAGCUCCAGCCAGUGUGGACAACUAAUCCGCAUGUGGAGCAAGUCAGCCGCUUCAAGAACUUGAAACCACCAACCCAUCUGCUGGGACGCUGUCACAGCCUGUGUAUGCUGUUCACAUUCGCGGGCUUCGGGCUUGAUUUACUCGGCAUCCUGGCUUUCGCGUGGGGUCAAAAUCCCGUCUCGGUCGGAGUAGUAACUUCAAUUUCGAGUUUGGCAUUCCUCCGACGCUCGCAAUGCCCGCGGAGGACACUGCGCUGGACCGCGACGGCUCAGAAGGAGCGCCCUUCUUCCAUACCCAAGCCGCAGAGUAAAGCUGUAGCUGAGUGGGCUGCCGACAAGGAGCUCGAACCCUCCGUCGCACGAUGGGCCUCUACUGCGCGGAAGCCCCCAGACCGAGCCAUCCCCGUCCUCAAAGUACUGGACAGACCUCUUGGGGUUCGCACGCGACCAACACUUGUGAAGCAGUCGAGGGUGGAACGGUUCAAAGAUAUCUGGCUUCGCGAGGAUACGAUUCUGGAUGAACGGAAACACCUAAUCGGAGAGCUCAAUCGAGGGUACUACGUCGACCACGCUAGGCUCAUACAUGCAGGCCAUAUGGGCAAAACAUGGCUUGCGCCGCCGGGGCUGAUCCUGGAAGACAAAGCCCUGUAUCUUCCCAACUUCAAGGGGAAAGAUCUGGACAAAGGCGAGGUGAAGCACACGACGAUCAUGUGCUAUGGCAAGAUCACCCUGCUCGCUAUCGAGUCGACGGAGCUUUCUGUCCUCCAAACGCGAAGCUUCGUUGAAUCCGUCCAUCCCAUGUUCGAAUCCAACCCCUUGUAUCAGCGUGUGCACAUCAACGUCCAAGAAAACAUUCUUAAAGCGCUCGUCGUCAAUCUCUUUCUACAUAACCUCAGAAAAAAGGUGCCUGAAGAAUUGUACGGAAACUGUAUGCUUUCUUCGCAGAAUCUGGAGUAUUUGCGAGGUCCGAUGGCGUUGGACAACAAACUGGUCGGCUACGUGUAUCUCAUCGACGAGAAUCUCAAGAUUCGGUGGGCCGCGGGGGGAGAUGCAACGAUGUCAGAAUUGAAAGCUUUGGAGACUUGCACGGCUGUUCUCUUGAACAGGUUAGCAGAGAAGCAGAAGAAACAACCUGCAUCACCAUCACCCUAG